AUGGUGAAGGAAUCAACUGUUGAGCGGCUUUUCUAUUGGGGAAUCAAACAGCCUCGCUUCUACGCUUUCCUCCUCAGUGAUUUGAGCGCAAGCGUUGUCAAAAGCAGAAAAUUGCACCAAUUUCAAUUUCACGAAGGGUUUUUCAUCUGCAGAUUUUCUUCAAGAUACUCGAAGAUGCAAUUGACUCUUGAAUUCGGUGGAGGACUAGAACUUCUUUGUGACUCCGUGAAGAUCCAUAGCGUUGAUGUUGACCUACCAGCUGAAGAAAAGAAGUUAACCAUGAAGCACUUGCUUGCUUGGGUUCGCUCCAAUUUAAUCAAGGAAAGACCUGAAAUGUUUAUGAAGGGAGACACUGUGCGACCUGGAGUUCUUGUUCUUGUGAAUGACUGUGAUUGGGAAUUGAGUGGCCAACUUGAUACAACCUUGGAAAAUAAGGAUGUUGUAGAAAAUUGUAGUCAAAUUUGUGAAUAUGUCCAAAUAAAAACUAAUCAAAUUUCAAGGGAGUGA